CAUCACGAGAUGGCCGCCAUCUCUCUGGAGAACAUCAAGAAUGAGAACGUCGAUCUCGAGAGGAUUCCGUUGGAGGAGGUGUUCCAACAACUGAAGUGCUCGAAGGAAGGACUCAGCACCAGCGAUGGCGAGCAGCGCCUCCAGAUCUUCGGCCCCAACAAACUCGAAGAGAAGGAGGAGAGCAAGUUCCUCAAGUUCCUGGGCUUCAUGUGGAACCCUCUGUCGUGGGUGAUGGAGAUCGCGGCCGUGAUGGCGAUUCGCCCUCCAACGGCCAGGGGCAAGCCCCCGGACUGGCAAGACUCCUCGGCAUCAUCAUCCUCCUCUUCAUCAACUCCACCAUCAGCUUCAUCGAGGAGAACAACGCCGGGAACCGCCGCCCUCAUGGCCGGCCUCGCCCCCAAGACAAAGGUGCUCAGGGACGGGAGGUGGUCCGAGCAGGACGCGGCCAUCCUCGUCCCCGGGGACAUCAUCAGCAUCAAGCUUGGCGACAUCGUGCCCGCGGACGCUCGGCUCCUUGAGGGGGACCCCCUCAAGAUCGACCAGUCUGCGCUCACCGGGGAGUCUCUGCCUGUCACCAAGAACCCCGGGGAGGAGGUGUUCUCGGGGUCCACGUGCAAGCAGGGGGAGAUCGAGGCGGUCGUCAUCGCCACCGGGGUCCACACUUUCUUCGGCAAGGCCGCUCACCUCGUCGACAGCACCAACAACGUCGGCCACUUCCAGCAGGUGCUCACGGCCAUUGGUAAUUUCUGCAUCUGCUCCAUUGCGGUGGGAAUGCUGGUGGAGAUUGUGGUGAUGUACCCGAUCCAGCACCGGAAGUACAGGGACGGAAUCGAUAACCUCCUCGUGCUGCUCAUCGGAGGAAUUCCGAUCGCCAUGCCCACCGUGUUAUCGGUGACGAUGGCUAUUGGGUCACACAGGCUGUCAGAGCAAGGGGCCAUCACGAAGAGGAUGACCGCGAUUGAGGAGAUGGCCGGAAUGGACGUGCUAUGCAGCGAUAAAACCGGGACCCUCACCCUCAACAAGCUCACCGUCGACAGAAACAUGAUCGAGGUGUUUGUAAAGGACAUGGAUAAAGAUAUGGUGAUUCUGUAUGCAGCAAGGGCUUCCAGGGUCGAAAAUCAAGAUGCGAUUGAUGCCUGCAUUGUGGGCAUGCUAGCAGACCCCAAGGAGGCCCGUGCUGGCAUUCAAGAGGUCCAUUUCCUGCCGUUCAAUCCGGUGGAGAAGCGCACAGCCAUCACAUACAUCGAUCCCUCUGGUAACUGGCACCGGGCUAGCAAAGGUGCUCCUGAGCAGAUCAUUGAACUCUGCAACUUGAGGGAGGACGUCAAAAAGAAAGCCCAUGUCAUCAUCGAGAAGUUUGCUGACCGAGGCCUCCGGUCGCUGGGUGUUGCUAGACAAGAGGUGCCAGAGGGAAACAAGGAGUCUGCAGGCAAGCCGUGGCAGUUCAUUGGGAUUCUUCCUCUGUUCGAUCCCCCAAGGCACGACAGCGCUGAGACCAUUCGCCAGGCCCUCAACCUUGGAGUCAAUGUGAAGAUGAUCACGGGAGAUCAGCUCGCCAUUGGGAAGGAAACAGGAAGGAGGCUUGGUAUGGGGACCAACAUGUACCCUUCCUCCGCCCUCCUCGGUGAGAAGAACAAUGACGUUACCGGUAUUCCAAUUGAUGAGCUUAUCGAGAAGGCUGAUGGUUUCGCUGGAGUCUUCCCAGAGCACAAAUACGAAAUCGUGAAGCGCCUCCAGGAUAGAAAGCACAUCUGUGGCAUGACUGGUGAUGGUGUGAAUGACGCCCCUGCCCUCAAGAAAGCCGACAUUGGCAUAGCUGUGGCUGAUGCCACCGAUGCUGCUCGUGGUGCAUCUGACAUUGUUCUGACCGAGCCUGGACUCGGUGUCAUAGUUCAUGCCGUGCUCACUAGCCGUGCAAUCUUCCAGAGGAUGAAGAAUUACACAAUCUAUGCCGUCUCCAUCACCAUUCGAGUCGUUCUGGGAUUCUUGCUAAUUGCACUUAUCUGGAAGUUUGAUUUCUCUCCAUUCAUGGUUCUUAUCAUUGCUAUCCUAAAUGAUGGGACUAUUAUGACUAUUUCGAAAGAUCGAGUGAAACCUUCACCAGUUCCAGACUCAUGGAAGCUAAAGGAGAUUUUUGCUACUGGUGUUGUUCUGGGUACUUACCUCGCCGUUAUGACAGUAAUUUUCUUCUGGCUUGCACGGGAUACUGACUUCUUCUCGGACAAAUUUGGAGUAAGAUCGAUUAGAGAAGAGGAUGAGCAGCUUAUUGCAGCUUUGUAUCUUCAAGUUAGCAUAGUGAGCCAAGCUCUUAUCUUUGUCACUCGAGCAAGGAGUUGGUCCUAUGUUGAGCGCCCCGGUCUUUUGCUUCUUGGUGCCUUCGCAGCUGCACAACUGGUGGCUACAAUUAUUGCAGUAUAUGCACACUGGGGCUUUGCUCGCAUUGAAGGUUGUGGAUGGGGAUGGGCAGGAGUCAUAUGGCUCUAUAGCAUCGUCUUCUACAUUCCACUUGAUAUCCUUAAGUUCAUGAUCCGCUACAGUCUGAGCGGGAAAGCUUGGCGAAGACUCCUCGAGAACAAGACGGCAUUCACAACAAAGAAGGAUUACGGAAAAGAGCAAAGGGAGGCGCAGUGGGCUCUUGCUCAGAGAACGCUUCACGGGCUUCACAAGGGUGAUAAUUCUGGCCUCUUCAAUGACAAGAACAGAGAGUUGUCUGAGAUUGCUGAGCAGGCGAAGAGGCGAGCUGAGAUGGCUAGGUAA